AGCGAACAGGCGGCCGCGGCGGUAGGAGGAGGUGGAGCCGGUGACUGGGACGAACACUGUCUCGGUCCUGCCCACUACCCACACCCCCCUGUCCUCCGACCCCUGCUGACUUGUUGCUCGUGGGCCGGGGCCGGGCUUCACUUCCGCUUCCCUCCGCCACUCGGCCGCGGCUCGCCCUCUCUCUCUCUCUUACUCUCUCAUUCUGUGUGUCCCAGGCCGCCCAGGGGGGAGCCCCCAAGGCUGCACGGCCCCGACCGCCGGAGACCCAGCGCUGCAGUCCCGGGGUUGUUUUAACCUGGAAUAAUGUCCAAUAACGGAGAGUUGGAGGACAAACCACCGGCACCCCCUGUACGUGUGAGUAGCACUAGUUUCCCAAUGGGUAGCAAGGACACGCUGUUGACUAACCACAAUGCCAAGCCACUGCCAUCUGUACCUGAAGAGAAACAGAAGCGGACAAAACUCAAGUCUAUUUUCUCAAACACUGGAGAAAAAGCAAAUAAGAAGAGAGAAAAGGAACGGCCAGAAAUAUCUCCUCCGUCAGACUUUGAGCACACGAUCCAUGUUGGGUUCGAUGCUGUGACAGGGGAGUUCACGGGAAUGCCUGAACAAUGGGCUCGACUAUUACAGACAUCCAACAUCACCAAAUUGGAACAGAAGAAAAAUCCUCAGGCUGUGCUCGAUGUGCUCAAAUUCUACGAUUCCAAAGAUACAGCGAAACAGAAAUACCUGAGCUUCACAGAGCAACCAGACAGGUUUCCUGCAGUUACGCCUGCACAUAGUACAAAGAGCACUGAGCCAUCGAGUGUACAAACAGUACUGGAGGAGGAUGAUGAUGAGGCUCCACCUCCAGCCAUCGCACCACGGCCAGAUUGCACCAAAUCUGUUUACACGCGAUCUGUGAUUGAUCCGAUCCCUCCACCUGCCAGCAGAGAAGCAGAUGGUGAUGGCACUUCAAAGGGUUUGGACAAAACAAAAAAGAAAGCAAAGAUGACAGAUGACGAGAUUAUGGAAAAACUGAGAACUAUUGUGAGUGUUGGAGAUCCAAAGAAAAAAUACACCAGAUUUGAGAAAAUCGGGCAGGGUGCAUCAGGGACAGUAUUCACAGCCAUUGAUGUAGCAACUGGACAGGAGGUGGCAAUCAAACAGAUUAAUCUGCAGAAACAGCCAAAAAAAGAGCUAAUUAUCAAUGAGAUUCUGGUGAUGAAGGAACUGAAGAACAGCAACAUUGUUAACUUCCUGGACAGUUACCUGGUGGGUGAUGAGUUGUGUGUUGUGAUGGAAUAUCUGGCUGGUGGUUCACUGACUGAUGUUGUUACAGAAACUUGUAUGGAUGAAGCACAGAUUGCUGCAGUAUGUAGGGAGUGCUUACAAGCAUUGGAGUUCCUGCACGCAAACCAGGUCAUUCAUCGAGACAUCAAGAGCGACAAUGUGCUACUGGGCAUGGAUGGAUCUGUGAAACUCACUGACUUUGGGUUCUGUGCCCAGAUCACACCAGAGCAGAGCAAGCGCAGCACCAUGGUGGGCACACCUUACUGGAUGGCACCCGAAGUGGUCACCAGGAAAGCAUAUGGCCCCAAGGUUGACAUCUGGUCACUGGGGAUCAUGGCCAUUGAGAUGGUGGAGGGCGAGCCCCCUUACCUAAACGAGAAUCCACUGAGGGCCUUGUACCUGAUUGCCACUAAUGGUACUCCAGAGCUGCAGAAUCCAGAGAAGCUCUCCUCUAUCUUCCGUGAUUUUCUCAACCGCUGCUUGGAGAUGGAUGUGGAAAAACGAGGAUCUGGGAAAGAGUUGCUGCAGCAUCCGUUCCUGAAGUUGGCCAAGCCCUUAUCUAGUUUGACACCGCUGAUUCUGGCAGCCAAAGAUGCAAUGAAGAGUAAUCGCUAGGAUCUCCUUUUCUUUAGCCCUUGGCUCUUUUCUUCCCCUCCUCCCUCCCUCCUUCCCCUGCCUCCCCACACUUCGGAAUAAUGUAUCCCAGUCUGCAUUGAUAUGGCAGAGCAACUGCAGAAUCCCAUGGCGGGAAAUUCCUUGUCCCUGUCGCCGGCCCACCAUGCAAGCAGGGUCGAUGCUGCUUUCAUGUAUUUUUCAAGAAACCGUGAUACAAUAUCUCUCCCUCUCUCUGUCCUCCCCCCACCCCCCCCCCCCCCUCUCUCUCUCUCUCUCCCCCUCACUUCAGUACUUGAAUAGCAGAUCGAAGACAAACUAGCUGCCUCUAUUGUGGAAUCUGGACUCUCCCUAGGAUGCGAUUUGCUCUGCCCAUUGCUUGUCUCUUCUUAUGGACAUUAUGUACUGUACUGGGUGAGCGGGGCUGCGGGAUGUUUUGCUUGAUGCCUUUUUUUUUGUAUAUUAUGUAACUGUGGCAGAUUGCAUUGUUAGAAUUCAGGAGAGAAGUUGAUAUAGUUGUCCUUUUUUAAGAAAAAAAGAACUUUUUAUUGUUUGUACUAACAGUCUGGAGUUCUGACUGGCUACUUGCAGUGGCAGGCUCUGGGAUAAUGAGACUGCAGCCUCCUCCAUAUUUGUGAUCAGUGUGAUUUGUUGUUGUUAGCCUUUGAGAGAAUUGCCUCUGACUGGUGUGCACCUUCAAAGCAGCAGUAAGAGCUUACUGAUUAUUCUGAUUUUGUUUCUUUUGACUGUAAUCACCCAAGAGUGUUGCUGGAUUCAGGCCUGCAUUAAGACGCACUCGACCCAAUUCGUGGGAACGUUGUGAUUUGUUUUGCAUUGGGAACUUCUCUGUGGGUUCCUUGUUUGUGUUGUAGUCACAACAGUGCAUUCCCAGUCUUAUUUGAAAUGCAUUGUUAACUGCUUCACUGACUCCUAAGUUCCAGUAAGGCUUCUGUGAAUAAAUUGAGUGGAAAGUUUGGUGUGUGGAACUGGCUUGUACACACUAAGCAGAGUUUCCCAGCAGUAUAAUGAAAGGACGGUAUUUUGAUUGGGCCUGCAGGUGCUAAUCAGAAUGGCACAAUCCUAUGGCCUUCAGUACCUGAGAAACCUAUUUAUUUUCAAAGUUUAUUAGCAUGAAUGUUAGAAAGUGCCGUCUACUUUGAAUCAAUGCUUCAUAUCUUUUGUAGAAUGCAUUCUCUGUGGAUGAAUCAACACCAUCACCAUACCUAAUCUGUGCAGCAUCUGAUUUCUAUACCCCACAUCAGCUAUACCCCAAGCAUAGUCUGCAGUUGCACUUCUGUGCAUAUAGCUGAACCACUCUGCAUUACAUUCAACCUAUACGUGUAGUUGUGCAUUGCAAACCUAUCACUGUACUGCAUCUUGUUGCCUUAAACUGCACUGCAUUAGGCACACUGCAGUCACCACGUUAUAUAGUGCUUGGGCAUAAUGGCACAUGAGUGAAAUGUAGUACUGGGGUAAGUGUGAGUGGUAGUAGGUAGUGGGCCACAGCAUUAUGGUGUCCACACAGUUAUGGUGAGACGUUUGAACUUGGCCACAAUGAGGUAUUAUUUUGGUUGGGGGGAGAGCCUGUGAAGUUACUCUCUCACGUGAGCUUGUGUAGCUGCUGCCUUUUCUGUGUGCAUUGCCACAACCACAACUGUUCAAUACAUUGUGACAACUGCCAAAUUGAAAGAACCCAACUCACUAAUGGUUCUCAAAACAGCAUGACUGAUAGUGAAUUCUGUGGCUUGUUACUACAGUAUUAAAAGAAGAAAGUCUAACAAAAGGCUAAACAUUUCUGAAAGUGCCUAACAGUAGAGUCUGAUACAAUUGGAGAUUUGAGGUUUUGGACUCUUUUUUUUCUAAUUAAUACUAAAAAUAAAAUUUGUAGAAAAACA